UAGAGUUUUAGACAGCAGUUGAAAAACAUGUGGUAAAUUGGUGAAUAUUGUGUUGUUUAUUAACUACCGUGUAACAAGUAAAAUGUCGAAGUCUAUUAGAUAUACUGGAUAUACUAUAGUUCCUUGGUAUAGUAGUUCUGAAUGGAAACAUGUUUAUACUCUGCUUUGCAACAAAAAUAAGCAAAGAGAUGCCUUGCAGCAGGCUAUGGAUAUUAUAACUCUUUGGAAAACUCGUCAAGACUUAUUACCAAGUGGAAUAGAAGGAACUUUAUGUUUGAUUGAAGCAAUCUUAAUCAAUGAAGAGACUGUUACUGAGAGACAGUACAGUCAACUCUGUGCUUCAAGUGUUAUGAGAUUUUUAAAUGUGUGUGUGGCUAGUCGUGCUCCAACUAAUUCAUUCACAAAGGUGGCGAAGCAGAGUAACAUACCAGACUUUAUAAUCCAAAUGAGGCACAACUUUGCCCACAGUCACAAACUACCAAAACCUUCCAUGCUAAAAUUAGCUUUAAAUGAAUGUUUUAAUUGGGUAAAAGAAACCUACUGGCAUCAAAAUCUGUUACUCAUCAAUGAUCACAUAGCUAAUGGAUGUUUUGACCCAAACAUUUCUAAGUUAAUCCAUAUAUAUGCCAAUCUGUGUUACUACUAUGGUCAGGAUUUGGAUGUGCCAGACUACAUUUUAAAUUAUUUAGAUGAGUUUGCUAUGGACAGCACCAAGAAAGUCCCAGUUGAUAGGGUAUUGAAAGAAAUUGAGAAAAUGAUACCCAAAGUUACAGAUUUGACUUGUGUUAUAAAAGAUGUAGUAAAAAGCAACUGCUUUUUCAUUAACCCAAUAGAAAUAGAUUCCUUUGGAAAAUCUGGAGAAUCAUAUAAAAAUAUAGCAAAGUUAUUAAUUUUAUUACAUGAAAAGAAUUCCAUUGUACCAUUGAUGAAGGAAAUGUGCUUGCUGUUGGAAGAUGAAUAUGAGCUACCAGUGAACAGGGUUUCAGUAGCGUUAUGGAUUAACGAGAUAUUGAAGGGAUUCUUGAAGACGAGAGAUAUCGAAUGCAAUGAUUUCCUGGGUAUUGGUAUCAAGUUCAGGAACAUAGAGAAAGAGCAGAUAGAAGACAUUGGUAAUCUGAAGGCUUGUCUCUUUAGUGGACCAAUAUUGUACAAUAAAUUGUAUUUUAAGAGUUUCAUGGCGUUCACUUUGAACUAUGGAAUUGAAGACUGCGAUGAAUACAUAAAGGGUUUGACGAGGGCUUUGGAUAAGAAGUACAAUCAUACUGCAUUAAUGGAGAUAGAUGAUUGCGGAGAUUUGCAGGCUCAAUUAGGUUUCCAUAUGCCAAAUGACGGAUUGGCGAAUGGUUGUAACGGAGUAAACGGAUUCUCAGGUGAUGAAUCCUUGGAUGAGAUUGGUGAACCCCCAAAGAAGAAGACAAGGUGGAACGUGGUGAAAGGUGCGUACAUGGACAACCAUUUGAAAAGUCGAUUUAUAAAAUGUUGUUUUCUUUUUGUACACUCUGUUACAGAAACAUCAUUGUUCGAAAAAUAUGCGAUCGGCGUUUUUCCCACGGAAAUAACCUUUUAAUAAUAAAUACAAUAUUUUCUUCAAUAUGCGGCAAAUUGAUUAUGUCUUUUUUUUCUUUAA